AUGAUUUAUUUAGAUGAUAAAAUAGCUCAGCUGAAUCAGCAGAUCAUGUUAGAAAUGAAGAAAUUACGACAAUUACAAAUAGAAUUGAUGAUACAAUCUGAAAGAGGAUAUUUGUUAACCUUUGCUAUUGUUGCAAUUACUAUUAAAAGUAUCAUCAUUGUUGGGAUGAUAUUUGCUCUACAAGCAUGUUCCAUUCAAUCUGAUGAUUACGACAUUGAAAAUUCAAAGCAAAUGUUUUAUAAGCAUUGGAUUAGUGAAACGAUACGCAAGGAAGAAAUUAGCGGAAUUCCAACGAUUGAUUUUACAUAUUGCGAAGAAAAUCAUAAUAAGCCUGCUGUGUCACCGGAAACUAAUGAAAAUAAUGGAGACAAAAUAUCAGGCAACAAUUUAAUUAAAUUACCUAUUUGGUUAGGUUAUGUACAUCUCUCUUCAAGUUUAAUUGUGACCGCAGGUACCCUGUAUGCUACCAUUUGGUGGUACUUCAUCUUGCAACCAAUACCAUCUGUGUUGCUCGAUUUUUGCACCUAUGAUUUAAAAUUGUGUCAGCGACGAUGUAAUAAAUCCCCUAAUGAAGAAUAUCCUCUUAUUGUAAGCAAUGAUUUGAAGUUAGUAGCGGAAGAAGUGGAAAAAAGUUUUGACAGUUAUUUAUCAAUUUUGGAUGACAAGCCUCAAAAACUAAAAUGGGCCUUGCUACCCGUUUGCUUUUCCUACAUUCUAUUGCUAGCUAUUGCUCUCAUUUCAUUUUUAAAUUCAUUCUUUCGACAAAUAUUUUGGACAAAAAAUCGUGGUAUCUUAUAUAUUUCGCUUUUACUUUUCGACUUUAUACAAUUUUAUCUUUCUCAAUGA